AUGUUCCUUUAUCUGUCUGACUUAUCCAGAAAAGAUCGGAGAAUUGUCAGCAAAAAGUAUAAAAUUUAUUUCUGGAACAUUAUCACAAUUGCUGUAUUCUACGCCUUGCCUGUGAUCCAGCUGGUGAUCACAUACCAAACGGUUGUAAAUGUGACUGGAAAUCAGGACAUCUGCUAUUAUAACUUCCUUUGUGCUCAUCCACUGGGAGUCCUGAGCGCUUUCAACAACAUCCUCAGCAACGUUGGGCACAUGCUGCUGGGUGUCCUUUUCCUGCUGAUCGUAUUGUGUCGAGACAUUCUCCAUCGGCGCUCCUUGGAUAAGAAAGACAUCUGUACAAUGGAAUACGGGGUCCCUAAGCAUUUUGGCCUCUUCUACGCCAUGGGUGUUGCUUUGAUGAUGGAAGGUGUCCUCAGUGCUUGCUACCACGUCUGUCCCAACUACACUAAUUUCCAGUUUGAUACCUCUUUCAUGUAUAUGAUUGCAGGACUGUGUAUGCUAAAACUAUAUCAGACUCGCCACCCUGACAUCAAUGCCAGUGCUUACUCGGCCUAUGCAUCCUUUGCAGUUGUUAUUUGCCUUGCUGUACUCGGAGUGGUUUUUGGGAAAAAUGUGUGGUUUUGGGCCCUCUUCUCCAUCAUCCAUGUUGUGGCCUCCCUUGGUCUUAGCACCCAGAUUUACUACAUGGGUCGUUUUAAGAUAGGUAAGUUUUAUUUGGAAAGAAAUCUAAUUAAAAUCCAAGCCUAGGAUUUUAGCCAGAAAUAGCAGAUAGUUUUAUAUUUUGGAGAGAAUGCUGGAGAAACACUACA